UUUGGCUCUCUGCCUUUCCUCCAGUGGAAGCCGUUUUUAGGAUCUGAGCUCAGCGAGCCUCUGUCACGAUGUCACUUUGUGGCAUUCCCCAGAAAUCCAUGGUGGAGCUCUCAGGGCUGUGCUGCUCCUUACCGGGGGUAGCUCUGCCCUUUCCCCCGUUCCCAGCCUCGCGUGUGCGUUUUAUCAAAACCGAUACCCGUUAAAGACGAGAAAAGGCAGCUUGGGCUGACUUCCCUCUUUCCUUUCCCCUUAUCCUUAUAAACCGGGUCCCUGCGGCGCCUCCGCUGCUCCCUCCGGCUGUGACCUCGCCAUGGGCGCCCGGGGCGGUCCCGCCCCAGCCCCGGCACCGCUCCCGGUGCCGUUCCCGCUCCGGGCCGGUCCCGCCGAGCCCCGGGCCAUGAUCGCCGUGUCCAUCCCCGCGGCGGAGCCCCCGCGCAGCCCCGGCCGGCCGCACACGGUGUUCCGGGUGGAGGUGCUGUGCAAUGGCCGGCGGCACACGGUGACCAAGCGCUACAGCGAGUUCCAGGCACUGCACAAGCAGAUCAAGAAGACCUGCAAAGUCCCCAACUUCCCCACACGCCACGUCUCCAGCUGGAUGCCCAAAGGGCUGGAGCAGCGCCGGCAGGGCCUGGAGGUUUAUCUGCAGGGUGUGCUGGAUGACAAUGAGGAGCUGCCCCAGGAAAUCCUGGACUUCCUGAAGGUGCGGUGGUGCCAGCAGAACCCCAAGGUCAGCAGCCCCUUCAGCACCACACUCCUGCCCUCCCAGCGCCCCAUUGUCGGAUUCUGCUGGGAUCCCUACGUGCGGCCUCACAGCACUGAGCUGCUCCCCAACACCGUCCUCAGCGGGGUCCUGCAGGGCCUCUACCUCCCCCUGAGCUGCUCCCUGGCCAGGCAGCACCCCGAGCCUCUGGAAUGAUGAGUUCACCCAGCACCCAGGGAUGCAGUGGUGAUAGAAAAGGAUCCUUGACUCCUCCCUGCCGGGCUGGGGCAGGGAAACGGUGGGAGAAGCCAAAGGGAUGUUGGGAACUGCUCUCUCACCACCAUGCAAAGUGCCUUUGCUGGCAGAGCAGGAGCUCUGCCUUCCCCCCUGCUGUUCUGGGCUUGCAGUAUGAGCCUUUGGAUGCUGAAUGGUGCUGGAAACCUCUCUGCAUCCAGGCUUUUGUGCAAUAAAUCUCCUGGAUUUGACUGACUGGCAAA